UCGAUAGUGCCAGUAGCAGAAAAAUGUAAACAAUGUCUGAGUUGAACCGUAUUUUUAGUGAUUUAAGCGUGAAUUAUGUGCCGAGCCUGCAGUGGGUCGAUGUGGAGGAGUGGCUGUACGGCGAAGCAGCAAGUGCGGAUGAGGGCAGUGAGCGCGCCCGCCAGUUCUGGUCAUUGCCGAUGUGUGGCCAAGACGGCCGCCAGCAGGAGAGCCAACUGCAGAUCCUGCGCGAAUUGGCAAGCGUUAUUCGUUCGAUGCGCCACGACAGCAACAGUAGCUAUAGCAAUACCCACGACAACUGGUCGAACAUUAUAAGCGUCUCUCCGGCCAGUGCAUUUCUCUCGUACAUCUACACCGUCGUGAGCAUCUCCAUUCCGCCCGCGCACAUUCUGGAAGCGUCUCCCGACGUGCUCAAUCAGAAGCUUAACCUGCAGCUGUCCCUGAAUGCGGCCAGCACGUACCUGCUAACGCUCACCAUUCCGGGAGCCAAGCGCUAUGCGAUCUUUGACGAGGACGUCAUCGAGCAGUUGCUGAAGCUGUUUAGUCUGCUGGAGCAGAAUGCGAACCGCAGCGUUUUUGCCGACACCAUUUGGAUGCUCUUUCUGACGAUUUGCGAUGAUCUGAAGCUGGUCUUUCGCUAUGUGCACUUCAAGGAGCAUCUCAAGCUACGGGACAAGAUUAUCCGCUGUCUCUUGGAGAUUCUCUACAUGAAUUUCCAAAAGGGCUAUCAAAAUGCACGUGCUCCCGCAUUGCACGCCAAAUGCUACGAACUAUUUGGCGAAAUAGCCAACGAGCACAAUGGCGAUGUCUAUGACACACUGCAUUUAUUAAUGCGACAGUCAUUCCCCAUGCACAUAUUCACGGACAGCCCCCAGAACAUUGGCAGCGGGCGACGGGGCGGGCACAUGCAGAGUGGCGAGCACAUAUCGGAUUGGUUUAUUCAGCUUAUAGAGAAAUAUCCCGACAUAUUAGCCCAAAUAUUGCACGUGUAUAUUAAGUGCGUUGUUUCGAAUCCCCUGAAGGCGUGGAAAACCGCUGAUGAGAAGAUUGCCGUUGGCUAUGCGGCCAAAUACGACAGCAUUCUUUAUGCCAAGUGCAAUAAAUCAUGCGCAGAUUUCCUCCUGGAAGCCGUAAAGGCAGACGAUGCGGUGGGCAUCCAAACCCGCGCCCUAGAUCUUAUCGAACGCAUCCUGCUCCAACAAACCGAAGUCGAGUGGAGCAUUUUUCGCUACGAUGUCUCCAAAGUGCCACGCGAAGUGCCGCUGCUGGCUGAAGUGAUGCGUUGCCUCAACGACAGAACCUUCAGCGUGCGCCGCAAGGCCUGUCAAGUGCUCAUCUCGGCCCUGAAGCAGGGGUCGCCCACGACCAGCAAAAUACUCGAGGAGAGCAUCCGAUUCGUUCAGUUCGAUGCCACGGAUGUGGAGACGCUGGCCGAGCCAUCUGCCGAACAGCAUGAACUGCGCUUCGUGAAGCCGGACAUUCUGCAGUAUGCCUACAGCUUCGAGGGACAUGAACAACUGGAGGCUGAGGUGAAGAAUCUGCCUCAAAUUAUCUACCAGCGCUUCCUUGAUGCGGACAACGGGCUUGCCCGCACCUCGGGCAUAGCUCUGCUCGAACGCCUGGUGCUGGUCAAUCCUCUGAUCAUCUACAACACGAAUUUCGUGCGAGAAACCUCCUUGCUGGCCGUGGACCGACUGGCAUCGGUACGCAAAGCGGCGCUGGAAUUGAUGGAAACCCUGCUGGAGGCCUACUCCAAUUGUUUCGCUCUGAUUUGUGUCUAUUGUCGGAUUUGGGCGUGUCUGCUUGGCGAUGAGGAUGUGGCUCUGCAAAAGCUAGCCAUUCAGAGUUUCAAUCAGAUUGUUCUGAAGAACAUCCAACCCAUGGAGUAUUCGAAUGAACCAAAGCAUUUUAUGCCCUGGCGUAUUGUUGGUACGCUGAUGAUGACACAGCCGCGAGCCUAUCUGCAGGAGCGAUUCGCUAUGCUGUUGGAAAGGGAAACUAUUGUCACACCCAAGCUGAUAAAUGUAAUCAUAUCGCAUUUAUCCACAUCAACGGACACCGAUGCCUGGGCCCUGUUGCUGCUCCUCUCCAGCCGCAUCACCAACAACAUGGAUGCUUUGAUUGUCAUUUUCAAUGGCCUCUCCUCGUACAACAUGAAGGCCAACCAAGUGCUGGCCCUGCAGCUAAUCAUUUGCUGUCUGUCCAACUUCUCCAAAUCGGCAUUGAAUCAGCUCUUUCAGCGUCUUCUCGGGGCCCUGCGCACGGGCAACAUUUGGCUGGGUCUCAUUUCGAGUGCCGUGAAUCUGAUCAAUCAAAUCCACCAUUUGUCCGACAGUCAGGGGCCGUCCGCUGACUCAGAUGCCUCUCCAAACUGGCAGCUAACUCUACUGGAUGAUCUCACGGAAGGCAUUCUGGCCAGCGCUACCAAUUUCCAGGAGGAACACACGCGUUUGCAGUGCCUGUUGGGCACAUACACGGAAAUAUUGGUAAUGCUGCCGCUGACCGUGGACACACGCAUCAAGGAGAUCGUAUUCAAGUACCUGCGAGAGUGCACCAAGCUGAGAGAGUCCCAGUUCGAUACGGAAAACGAACGCAUGACCAAUUGGAUGAUCGUGAUAGCGGGCCGCCUGUGUCUGCGGGAGCAUCGUCUGGCCAACGAAGUAUCGGAUCUAUAUCAGAUCAUAUUGACUAAGAACGACCGGCCGCAAAUCAUCAAUACAACACUCAUAGCCCUCAAUGACCUGGGGAAGAAACACCCAAACAUAUUGGAACGCAAUUUCCAGUGCAUUCUAGCCAAGAUGCACUCAAAGUUUGCCAUGACCCGCGUGCGCACAUUCCGCUGUGUGAAGGAUGUGAUACUCUCGGGCAUUAUUAAGCUAAAGGGACCAAUUCUCAUAUCCAUGCUCUCCGCCCUGGUGGACGAUAGCGCUGAGGUGGCGCGCGAGGCGGAUGCAUUCUUCAUACGCUACAAAAGGCUGUACGAGAAGACCGUGUUUGUUCAUUGCCUCAAGGAAUCCCCUUUUUAUCUCAAUGGGCAGGCUUAUCAGAAAGGUGUGGAACCGAUUAAUACCCGCUACCAGUCGCCCCUGAAGGGUCAGAAGAUGGUCAGAAGUCGGCGACUGCUAUAUAACCACAUUAUGUCCACGAUAGAUGAAAAUACGUUGCUGCUGUACUUUGGACAACUGAAGCUGUUGGCGGAGAAAAGCAAGGAUGAAGCAUUUGUGGGUUCACCCGACGCCUUGGCCGUCAUACAGGACCUUCUCUUCAUUAUGCGUCGCAUUUGCUACCUCACCAAGGGUAAAAGCAGACAGCAAGGAGGUGCCCGGCCCGAUGGUGAGAACAGCGAUGAAGGUGAGCAGGAAUCAGAGGCACCACCAGCACCAAAUCCUUCAACAUCAGCAGCAGCGGGAGCACCCCCAGCGAGAGGACGUGGACGUCAACGUGUGGACUUGGAGGAGCCACUCAAACAAUUGGAGCGCUGUCUGCGUUAUGUGGAGGAAACACAUAGAAACCUUCAAUCGGUUAUGAGCCCCGAACUACAACAUUCCUUUGACAGCAUGUGCCAGGCUUUGGCCAUGCGCUUUCCCAGCUACAUUGACUUUGCACAGCCAUCAGAAUUCUGGGAAAAAUAUCGUUCUGCAAAGCCAACAAAGACCAGAGCCAGACGCAAGCGACGCCCUGCGAAUGAUGAGGCUGAGGCCGAUACAGAGGAGGAGGAUGAUGCGGCAACGGCCGAGGGUGAAAGCGACAGUGACAAUGAACUGCCAUUGGAGCGGCACAAGACCACACCAGUAGCCGGAUCGAGUCGGGGACAGCGUAGGAACAGCUGCGACAUGCUGGUAACGGAGCUGAUCUUUCAUCCGCCCGACUGGUAGCUCAGGGCUAUGUUUUGGCUGCCACAAAAGACUUGAUUAAUUCUUAAUUUGAAAAUUAUGCAUUUAUUUGUAAAUCGUAAAUACAAUCACAUAG